AUGGCUGCCAUGGAGAGCCCCACAAUGUGGAAGUCUGAAGUCCGGGUGGACCCUGCCUUGCCGAAGCCCUUAUGCCUGCUCAUUGUGGGAGGCUGUGGUGUACACACCCUCAGACGCUAUCCACCUGCAAAUGGCGUCUGCGUCGUCGACCGUCAUGAGAUACACGUGGGCUCCCAGACGGCGAGGAAUCGAGCACGUGCGGAACGAUGGAGACAAUGA